AUGCUUGAGCUGGGUCCCCCUGGGGCUGGUGGGAAAGACAGGAUGCUAAAGAAAAGACUGCAGCGCAGGCACACUGGCGGCCUCUUCUUGGUCUUCUCAAGCCCGCAGGAGCUGGGUCCAUCGCUGGCACAACUGGUGGCGCAGCGCCUGGCGCGGGGCCAAGGCCGAUUGGCGUUCGGUCUGUCCGGCGGCAGCCUCGAAUCGAUGCGCGCCCACGAGCUGCCCGCUGCUGCUGCCUCCACCAGGCCUGCCGGCCUUGCGCGCUGGACGCUGGGCUUCUCCGACAUGCCCUUGGAGCACUGCGAGAGCACUGACGGCCUCCAGCGGCCCCACCUGCUCUCCACACUGCCCAGCCCCGCCAACCAGGUGAUCACCAUUAACCCCGCGCUGCCUGUGGAGGCGGCUGAGGACUCGGCCAAGAAGAUGAGACAGGCCUUCCAAGGGGAUUCCAUUCUGCUUUUCGACCUGCUGAUUCUGGGUGUGGGUCCCGAUGGCCACACCUGCUCACUCUUCCCAGGCCACUCCCCCCGGAAGGAGCGGGAGAAUUUGGUGGCCCCCCCCCAUCGGCGACUCCCCAGAAGCCUCACACUUCCCCUGUUGAAGGCAGCUCCAAGUGUCGUCUUUGUGGCGACUACAGCAGGCAAGGCAGACAUUCUGAAGCGCGUUUUGGACGACAAGAAGGAAAACCCGCUCCCCGCAGCCCUGGUCCAGCCCCGAGCUGGGAAAUUCUGCUGGUUCCUGGACGAGGCAGCAGCCUGACUCCUGACCUGAGUGCCCUUCGGGAAGCAUUCCACGUUGUAA